AUGUGGCAAUACCUCAGAUUACAAAUCCAUCAAGCUACAGAAUUUCAAACUCCUUUUUUUCUUCAAUCCGGGAAUUUGGCCUUCAUCUUUUACGCUCUAAUCCAAGCAACUCUUUUUACACAACUUUAUACGGCUGUACUUCUUUCUUCGUUAAUUAGAGGAGAAAAUCCAAGGCCUUGGGAAAACUAUAACGAGAUGGUAGGUUUUUCCGGAAACUUUUAUUAUUUUAAUGGGGUUUCCGGAAAGUUUUCUGAAACAGUUUCCGGAAAGUUUUCUUUAAUUAUUAUAUUUUUCCGGAAACUUUUAUUAUUUUAUCUGGGUUUCCGGAAAGUUCAAUUUUGCUUUUCCGGAAUAUUAUUUUAUUAG